GCGCGCCCACGGGGAACGCCGGCCGUGCCGCGGACGGAACGGGCUGACACCGGAUCCAUCCCCGCCGCCAUGCAGCGAGCGCGCUGACAGUUCUGCGCCGGCUUCGGGCUGCUCCACGGGCUGCCUGCCGGGGGAAAGGUGCGGUGUCCUCACGGCCCCGCGGCGAAUGCGCCCUCCGCGAACGACGGCGCUUGUUAAGGAGCCCUCCCUGGCUCGGGGGUCAGGAAGAAGGAAUUCACCGGGUGGGAAUCGGGAGCAAGGAAAACGAGCCACGAGCGGGAGGAUCAAGCAGCAGCAGCUGAAGAAACCGCCCGGUGCCUCUCCUGACAGGCUGCGACGCGCAGCGCGGCGGGCGCUUGCAGACCCCCGCUGUAAGCGAAUGGGGCGGGGGGGGGAGCCCAGAGGCAUAAACAAGGAGCGCAGGACCUAAUUCCUUCCCCUCCCUUUCCUCACUGGCUUGCCCAGGCUCGCCAAUAAAUCCAGCUCGGCUAUACAUCGUGAUGGGAACGUGCUGCCAAGGAGGCUGCCUUCCCGUCACUGAGGAUGCUGCCUGCCCCUCACUGAGGAGGCUGCUGCCGCCGGGGCUGCCUGCACACCACUGAGCAGGCUGCUGCUGCCGCGGAGGUUGCCGUGCCCUCUCUGAGACAGCAGCGGCUGCCGCCGCCGAGCCUGCCGUGCCCUCAUUGAGGCGGCCGCCGCCGCUGCGUUACAGGCAGAGAUUGUGGCGCUGCGACAGGGGAGGACGGGGCUCGGCGCGCAGGGGGGCGGCGCGAGGAGCAUGCGCCGCCCGAGCCACUGACUGGAUCCUCAGCCAAGGUACCGAGGCAAAAAAAAAAAAAAAAAAAAAAAAGGAAAUAACCAAAAAAAAAAAAAAAAGGAAGAACGACGAAAAACGAAAAGGAUUGAGAGAAAGAAGAAUGAAUGACGGUGGAGGAGAAUAGAAAAGACCGCCAGGGUAAAGCAGCCCCGGUCGGCGGGAAGGAGCAGCUCUGGCAUGUGGGGAUCUCCGGCGCCAACAGAUAUUUUGAUGGCAUGACAAAUCAGAAAGAAGAGGAUGUACUGUAUGACUAGACACAAGAUCAGUUCUGUUUGUGGAUUACAUUUUCAGUAAGAUGUAUGGAUCUAUUUUUUCCUUGUUCUUAAAUAUAGAUCAUGAGACUUGACUGAGGCAAUAUACAUAUCAUCCAUCCAUCUAUGGCGAACUACAGCCAUGCAGCUGACAACAUUUUACAAAAUCUCUCUCCUUUAACAGCUUUUCUGAAAUUGACUUCACUGGGUUUCAUAAUAGGAGUCAGUGUGGUGGGUAACCUUCUGAUCUCCAUUUUGCUAGUCAAAGAUAAGACCUUGCAUAGAGCUCCUUACUACUUCCUGUUGGAUCUUUGCUGCUCAGAUAUCCUCAGAUCUGCAAUUUGUUUCCCUUUUGUUUUCACCUCGGUAAAAAAUGGCUCUACGUGGACGUAUGGGACUCUUACUUGCAAAGUGAUUGCCUUUUUGGGGGUUUUGUCCUGCUUUCACACUGCUUUCAUGUUAUUCUGCAUAAGCGUCACGAGAUACUUAGCUAUUGCCCACCACCGUUUUUAUACGAAGAGACUGACCUUCUGGACUUGUUUGGCUGUUAUCUGUAUGGUGUGGACUCUCUCUGUAGCCAUGGCUUUCCCCCCAGUUUUAGAUGUGGGCACCUACUCAUUCAUUAGGGAGGAAGACCAAUGCACUUUCCAGCAUCGUUCCUUCAGGGCUAAUGAUUCCUUGGGAUUUAUGCUUCUUCUUGCCCUUAUCCUCCUAGCCACACAGCUUGUCUACCUCAAGCUGAUAUUUUUUGUUCAUGAUCGCAGGAAAAUGAAGCCAGUCCAGUUUGUUGCAGCAGUGAGCCAGAACUGGACUUUUCAUGGUCCUGGAGCCAGUGGUCAAGCAGCUGCUAAUUGGCUGGCUGGAUUCGGAAGGGGUCCCACACCUCCAACCUUGUUGGGAAUCAGGCAAAACGCGAACACCACAGGCAGGAGGAGGCUACUGGUUUUAGAUGAAUUCAAAAUGGAGAAGAGAAUCAGCAGAAUGUUCUACAUCAUGACAUUCCUCUUUCUGACCUUGUGGGGUCCCUAUUUGGUAGCCUGUUACUGGAGAGUUUUUGCAAGAGGGCCUGUAGUACCUGGGGGAUUUCUAACGGCCGCUGUCUGGAUGAGUUUUGCCCAAGCUGGAAUCAAUCCUUUUGUCUGCAUUUUCUCCAACAGGGAGCUGAGGCGCUGUUUCAGCACAACCCUUCUUUACUGCAGAAAAUCCAGGUUACCAAGGGAACCUUACUGUGUUAUAUGAGGGAGCAUCUGUAAAUCUUUAGCCUUGUGAAACACUACCAUUCUCUGCUAAGCAAUUGUGGCCUGUAGCCAUGUCUUGAGAAGAAAAUCAAGAAUGGGAUGUCAGCAGCUGUAAGGAUUUGGGCAACAUUCUGCAGUCUCUGCAAUAGCUCACCUCUAAUCCUGUUUUAAACCUAAACAUGUUCCUGCUGACCACUGCUGAAGGUUUGUAAUUAAGAACAAAGGACUGAACUACUGCCCUGAAUUCCUUUAUGUGGUUGAAAUCUAGAUUAUGAAAGUAGCAGGUGCUAAGUAUCAGUGCUAAAUGCUGUGUAUAUCACUACAUAAAAUAAGAACAUCAAAAAGAUUAGCAUUGGACAUCUUAAUAAAUUAAGUUGAUAUGAGGUUAAUGUGUUGAUAAAACUAAUUUUAGACAUCUGAAGACCUUUAAAACAUUUCAUACAAUUAUUAUUUUGCAAAGACUGAAAACUGGGGACUCAAGUACUGUAACUGAUUAAAGAUGUGCCAUGCAUUAUUGGAUUAUCACACUUACAAAUCUGUUUGCCUUGUGAGUAAGUUUUGGGGAGCAUUCCAAAGCAGUAUUUUUGUUCAUAUUUUGACUUUAAUUUUUUUUUCUCCAAAUAUAUUACUCUUUCUAAUUACCAUUUUCCUUAACAGUGAAAUUACUAACAUUUAACUGUAUUCUGUGUUUUUUGCUGAUUUGGUAUAAAGUUUAAUAGAUUCUUAUUUAUAUUUUUUAAAAAGCUAGAUAUCAGUCUGUUAGGCAACGUUAAUGAUAAUAUCCAGUCAUAAUUGAACAGUUAUAAUUAUACAGAAUAAACACAUGUUGCCUUAAAGGGUUAUCUAGUAUCUUCCAUUUUGUUUAGCAUUGAAGCAAAUAAGCAAGGAAAAUUGAAUCAAUAACUCUGGUCAGUCAUUUGGGAGUGCAUGAAAGAUCACUUAGUCCUCUUUUUUCCUUUUUACUCCAAUGGUUCCCAAAAUCAAUAUGCACAUCACUGGGAUUAUCUGAUUUUUUUCUAGGUGUGCCGCCCUUUCUAGUUCGUUCUGAGAAACACAGGCAGUUGAUGUAUGUUUAUAUUUUAAGACAGCUGUCAUGGGGAGACCGCAGCCUUAGUAUGAUAUCUUGCACAAUUUGUGAAGCAUUUAUUCUACUGAAGGCACAGUCUUGUUUAUAUUUUCUGCACAUUUUGGUGUAUUGGUUGUUUUAAAUUAUUUAAGUUUUAACUUGUGAAAGCAUAUAAUAUGAUUUCUUAGUAUUUUAGAAAUACAUUAGAGUCUGUGAGUCUUUCCUUCUUUAAGAUACAGAUGUGUGGAUUUCAAUAUAAAGUUGCAUUUGCCAAAAUUUACCUGUGUAGCUUGUUAAUUUUCUUGGAAUAAAAUUUUACAUUUUUCCAGUUAUACAAUUAACCUUUUUUAUUUUGUCUAGUGAGCUAGCAUGAAGUACUGAGAAUGUAGCCAUUAUGAAUUAUUAUCCUUUGCAGUCACUGUAUUCCCAAACUGUAAAUGCAUGAAUGAUGGGGACCACAGGAUUGAUAAAUUAUAUUAUCUGCAGUAGCACUAUUGUGUAGUUUAUCAUAAUUACCCAUCUAUCUGUUCUAAUAUGUCAGUUAUAUUUAAAGUUACAACACAGUAUUUGACUUUAACUUCACAGUUUAAUUUUGGAAAAUGUGUAUAACUGAAGCACAAAAUCAUGAGUUUAUCAGUCAUAAAGAACACAUAUUUUUCUUAAUUUUGGCAGAGACAAGACUAGAGGUCUUAAUUCAGUAUUGGUAUAUCUUGUCCUUUGUUGUAGUUUUAUGACCAGCAAGUUAACGUAUACUUACAUGAGCAGCAGUCAAUAAUGGAAAUGCUUAAAUUUGUAUGAUAACAUUAUACAAUAUUAUAUGCAACAAUUCAGACAGUUGUGUGUCUGUAUGUGAUCAGACAACUUGAUCAAAGAUUUGGUGAGCAAUCUGUUUGACCUCACUUACACUUUUAUACUGAGGUUGAGUAGUUGAGAGGCAUGGCUUUAUAUACUGUGUUGAAACAGAAAAAUUGCUAAAAUAAUGAGUCCUCAUCAGUAUAGGAAUGUUUCAGAACGUAAUUUGAAAUGGGACCAAUAAACUUCUACCAAAAGGACAUUUUUAUUACACUGAAAAAGGCUUUGAAAUUAAGGUAGUUAAGCAAUUGUCAAAGAUAGAAGGAGUGAAUAAAAACUGAAUCGUAUGUUGAGAAAAAUUCUGAAAGUCAUCCCACUUAAGUUUAUUAAAAGGUUGAUUGGCAAUAACUUCAGUCUAAUUUCUUUAAAAUAGUAACCUUUACAAGGAACAUUGAUAUUACAUAUUGUAAUAAAGAAGUACAUAUAAAUAAAGUUGUAAAUAGUAUAUAGUUGUAGAAGUAGUCAGUUCUGAGGAUUAGCCAGAAAAUUUUCAACUAUGAAAUUUCAAAAGCUGCAAAUCUGGGGCCUGACCUAACUCUCAAUAAAGUCAGUUGGUGUUUUCCCAUUAACUUCAUUUGGAGUAGAAGCAGGCCCUAGCAUUUCUAUAGUACUAUACUUCUGAAAUACUAAGAAGGCUGUAUUUACUAUGCAGUGGGAAAAGAAAAAAAUUAAAUUAUUUCCCUGGAAAUUUUGCAAGCAGCAACUGAUGUAAAUUAAAAUAAUAAACAGUAAACAAGUCUGAAAGCAAAUAUUUUGCUAAAUGUUUUUCUUUUGAUAUGAAUAUGAUUCCUUUGGCUAUAUGACAAUGCUGUAUUGCUACCUGAGAAAGGGCAGAUACUUUUCAUUAAGUGGAUUUUUAGAAUUGUACCAGUAAGAAAUCUUGUGACAAAGUAUUUAGUUUUAUUUUUUCUCCAGUGUUAAAAGGACAAGGGGAUGUUCAGUGAAAUUAAAAGCCAACAUAUAAAGUAACAUUUUAUACAAAUUUAUUACUCAGUGGAACACACUGGUAGGUGAUGUCAAGUAGUUUAGAGAGAUUCCUACAAAAGCUGUAUGUAUACAUGAAUUAAAUCUGUGCUUGCACUUUUUGCCAUCAGUGUCAUUUUGAUCCUAGUCAGCAUAUCAAAACUAAUGUAUUAAGGUAUAAAUUCAAAGGAGCAAGAAGGUUCAUUCCAAUUCAGUACACUGUUGUGUCACAGUAUGAAAAGCCUUUUGCUUUCAUUUUAGUACAGGAGUUAAGCUAUUGCCAAAGCUAGAAUACAGGACUAGUACAUUAGUCCUUUCUUUUCAGAACAGCAAAGAAUAUCAAACUAUUUUAUGUGUGCAUUGGUCUUUAAUGUUCAUGGGUAAUGUGAAGUCAGAAGCUUUAAUUUUCUGGUGAGAGACAAAAAAUACCACAGAUCUCCUGAUGAAAAAAGCUGUCUACUCCUGUUCCUUUCCUGCCCUCUGUUGCCACACCAGUCCUUCAGCAGCCUUUCCAUCAAUCUUUUUACAAGAGUGAAUGUUUCAUACACUGAGUAUUGUAUUUCUCCUGCUCCUUGAGAAGUUUCUCAGCCAUUCCUCCUCCCCAGCAGAUAAGCUCCUGCAGCAGCUUCCCAGGGUUUGUCAGUGUCUGGGUUCCCUUCCUGAGGAUGGAGAGGGACUGCCAGUUCCUUCCAGCUGCCUUUGUAGUUCAUGGAUCUUCGGGCACUUGGCCAGCAUGCUGUGUGUCUCUGUCUUUUGGCUUUUCAUGAAGUAGAUGCUGUUAAAAAUGAGAAUGGGGAGGGGGCAGCAGGAAACUACUUUCCCUCUCACAAAUUUUUCACAAGGAAACCACUGUUUUUGUUGCAUUGCCCAAGCUCGUAUUGUAUUUUAAAAGCAUAAUCAGUGUUAAUUACCUUCUAAAUAAAUAAAAUAUACAGUUAGCCAAUUAGGUAAAAGUUUUUGGUACAACUAUAGAGUCUUAUUAUAAAAUGGCUUUUUGUCAGUCUCUAGGCCUUGGGGGAAGAGGAGUCCACUCUCUGUCUGCUUUUAAGUGCAUUGUGUUUGUUCACUUGUUUUGCUUUUGCUUUGACUUUCAAGCAUCUCAACAUUUUAUUUUUAUUAAUAGGAGUCCAGUAUUUCAUCUAGUUGUUAUCACUCAUGGAUUUAAAAAUUAACAUUAAAGGGUACUCUGAUGACUUUUGAGGUGAGUUAGGGAGGUGUUUUGGCAAGUGAUUGAUUUUUAGCAAAUGUUCAAUAAACCUGUGGGCUGCUGGGUUCUUCCAUAGUUGCACAGUUACAGAGUCAGUUCUUAAUUAUUGAAACUAGCAAUGGAGUAGACUAAUGCACAUAAAGCUAACAUGCAGGUAAUACAAAGCAUGUCCACGUUGGAUAAGAACUUCCUAUGUGCAUUACAUUUAUCAAGGAAUAAAGUCAAGUAAAGAGUGAGAUCAGAAAUUCAAAGAAUAAUGGUGGGUGUUUUUCCCUUUUUUUCUGCUUUGUUUUAGCAUAGCACUGCUAAUCUGCAACCUGGGUUACACACCCACAUACAACUGAGAGUUGCCUGUACAAUUCUGAAUAGCAUAUAGGCAUCUUCCUUUAAGUUUAUAUUCAUUGAGAGCUGUAUGAGUGCACACUACUAAUCUGAUUGACUUUUCAGAGGAAAGAGAAGGCUCAGUCUGAGAUACUGUUUUUCAAAAUUAAAAUUCAAUAGAAUUUCUCUGCUUUUGUAUACUGAAGUGAUUCUGAGUGUGAAGAAAUCAGUGAUUUAAAUCAGCAAUGAUCAUAAGUAUACUCUGGUCAUGACCAUUAAAAACAGGACAAGAUGACAUUUUGCAAUGCAUGUGUCACAAAUCAGAGUUUGAUAUUACAUACCGAGACUUUGUGUGAGUGGGCUGAAAAUAGUUCAUAUUUUUCUUUUAGAAAAAAGUAUGAUGAAGCUAUCCAUUUAAAUGGAUAAAGUUUUUAAUAGCCAGUGUGGAAAAAGAAGGCUGAACUUUAAAAAUUGCUCAUUAUAAAUAGCAAACAGUUUUGGCGGUGUUUUUGUUCAACUGAACUGUGUAAUUAUAUAAGUAUAUGAUUACCAAAGGAGUGUCACAGUAAGUUAGGUUUUUUAGUAGUCUAGAAAGGAAAUAAGUAACAUCUAUCUUCAGACAAUUGAAAUUCAUUAAUUACAGUCAUCUAUAUGUUUUUAUAAAAUUUAGAUUAAAAAAUAAUUAUUUACAUUGUCUAUACUUAUUGAUUUAUGUACUUAAAGAACAAUGUAAAGCUUUAGACAUUGAGUUGGCUGAUGCAGCCCAUUGAAAGACUUCUUUGUGGCACAAGUUUUGUACUGUGUUUUGUAUGUAAUAUAUGUAAUAAGCACAAGAGAUAUAAAACCAGAUAUUAUCUGAUAUCAACUUCAAACUGUGCUUUAGGUACAAAAUUUCUCCCAGUGUUAGGCAAAUGACUGUCUCCAGAGAUUAUUCAAAAAUAUUCUGUGCUACUUCACAAGAAUUCUACUUCACCUUUGUUAAAGAGCAGUCUGGUUAAAGAUGUGUAUUUAUUUUCAUUCUAUAAACAUCAAGUUCAGGCAUGCUCACAUCCUUAUGCAAAUUGAAGAAAUUGCUAAAAAUAGAAAGUUUUGCACUAUAAUAAUCAUGGUGGAUCAGAUUCUUGAGAUAGUAUUAAAGGGUGGCACCGAUACUUAAUGACUACCCUAGGCAGAAGGUGGAAGGAUGCAAAAAAGUAUUCCUCCCUGUUUAGGAGCCGUUUAAAAUACUGCUGUUGUCCCAUAGUGAAACCAUCUUCUGUGGAACUGGCCCAGCACAGGCCUGCAACCCACUCCAUGUUGAGUUGAAUCAGGACGUUGCACAUACUCUGAGUACUCAUGGGAGAAAUUCAGCAUUAGCAGAGGUCAGAAAUUCCUAGACUAUGUUCAUAGGCUGCAGACAAGUGAUAGAUGCUUAUCUCCUCAAAACAGAAGUCACAGAAUAAACAGAGGCCAAGACAUAAAUGCUAUUGUAAACUGCUUGGGAUUUCAUGCCCUCUUGGCCCCCUCAGAGGUCACUGAGAAUACCUGUUUCAUUAUUUCAUUCUUUGUUUGGGUUUUUGUUUGUUUGUUUGUUUGUUGAGUUGUUUUGAAAAUACAUGCCAUCUCAGUUGCUCUAUUCCAUCCCACCCAUUGCCAGUUGAACAUUUGAUGUAAUGCUUAAUCAAGUCUGUAUAUUCUUUAAAAUAUGUGUCUAAUAGUGAAAUGUGUUUGUAGCUUUGCACUGAUUAUGCAGAUAUGUAUUACUGUUUGUUCUUGCUCAUUUCCAUAAGCAUUUCUUGUGUUUCAAACACACAAAUCCUAUUUUUGAAAUGAAUGCAUUCGACAAUCA